AGGGGUGCCCCUAGCAAUCAUGGCUGACGCGUUUGGAGACGGCUUGUUCAGCGUGUUUGAUGAUGAACAACAAACGACCACGAGCAAAAAGAUACCUACCCCUGUGGCUCUGGGAACAGGGAAAGCUGUAGGUAAAGAUGGCACUGACAAGGAUGCUGCUCCAUCUGCACGGGUCAAGAGGGAGGCAGACAGUGACGGUGGAGAGGAGAUUGUGUUUGCGAAGAAACCUCGACAGGAGACGGUCUCUGCUAAUGACCUCAAUCUUGCAGAAUUUAUGCCCCAAGUGAAGGUGGAGCAAGUUGAAACUGUUGAAGGAUGCUCACAUGAGGUCGCUCUGCCUGCCAGUGAUGAAUAUAAACCACUGAAACCUCGAGUGGGGAAAGCAGCCAAGGAGUACCCUUUUGUUCUUGACCCGUUUCAGCGUGAGGCCAUUUUAUGUAUUGACAACAAUGAGUCUGUGCUUGUGUCUGCACACACCUCUGCUGGCAAGACUGUCUGUGCUGAGUAUGCCAUUGCUCUGGCCCUCCGAGAGAAGCAGAGAGUGAUCUUCACCAGCCCCAUCAAGGCUCUUUCCAACCAGAAAUACAGAGAGAUGUAUGAAGAGUUUCAGGACGUUGGACUGAUGACUGGUGACGUCACCAUCAACCCCACUGCCUCUUGCCUCGUCAUGACAACUGAGAUCCUGAGGAGCAUGCUGUACCGAGGCUCUGAGAUCAUGAGGGAAGUGGCGUGGGUCAUCUUUGAUGAGAUCCAUUACAUGAGAGAUGCAGAGCGUGGUGUGGUGUGGGAAGAGACCAUCAUUCUUCUUCCUGACAACGUGCAUUAUGUCUUCCUGUCAGCCACCAUCCCCAAUGCCAGACAGUUUGCUGAGUGGAUUUGUCACCUACAUAAGCAGCCGUGCCAUGUGGUGUACACAGACUACCGUCCCACUCCGCUGCAGCACUACAUCUUUCCAGCAGGGGGCGACGGUCUCCACCUGGUGGUUGAUGAGAAUGGAGACUUCAGAGAAGACAAUUUCAACACAGCUAUGCAGGUGCUGAGAGAUGCAGGGGAUUCUGGGAGCAGCAGCGGAGGUGGCAAGUGGGACCCGAGAGGACGAAAAGGAGGCACUAAAGGUCCGUCCAGUGUGUUCAAGAUAGUAAAGAUGAUAAUGGAGAGAAACUUCCAGCCCGUCAUCAUUUUCAGCUUUAGCAAGAAAGAAUGUGAGGCCUACGCUCUGCAAGUGGCCAAACUGGACUUUAAUAGAGAUGAUGAGAAACGUCUCGUGGAGGAAGUGUUCAACAACGCAGUGGACUGUCUGUCAGACGAAGACAAGAAACUCCCUCAGGUGGAACACGUGCUGCCACUGUUGAAGAGGGGAAUAGGAAUCCAUCACGGAGGCCUGCUGCCCAUCCUGAAAGAGACCAUAGAGAUCCUUUUCUCUGAAGGCCUUCUCAAGGCCCUCUUUGCAACAGAGACAUUCGCCAUGGGUAUCAACAUGCCGGCUCGCACUGUUCUCUUCACCAGUGCACGCAAGUUUGAUGGCAAGAAUCAUCGCUUCAUUACAUCAGGUGAGUACAUCCAGAUGUCUGGGCGUGCUGGAAGGAGAGGAAUGGACGACAGGGGAAUUGUUAUUUUCAUGGUGGAUGAGAAGAUGAGUCCAGCUGUGGGCAAACAGCUACUCAAGGGAUCAGCAGACCCUUUGAACAGUGCCUUCCACCUGACCUACAACAUGGUGCUCAACCUGCUGCGUGUGGAGGAGAUCAACCCAGAGUACAUGUUAGAGAAGUCUUUCUACCAGUUCCAACACUACAGGGCUUUGCCUGGUGUAGUGGAGAAAAUAAAGAAGCUGGAGGAGCAGUACCAUGCCAUUGAGAUACCUAAUGAAGAGAGUGUUGCCACGUACUUUAAAAUCAGACAGCAGCUGGCCAAACUGGGCAAAGAGAUACAAGAGUUCAUCCACAAACCCAAAUACUGCCUACCUUUCUUGCAGCCUGGGCGACUUGUAAAGGUGAAAAAUGAAAAUGCUGACUUUGGCUGGGGAGUUGUUGUAAACUUUUGCAAGAAGUCCAAUGUGAAGACCAGUACAGACUCGGAGCCGCUGUAUGUGGUGGAGGUUUUGGUUCACUGUAGUAAGGACAGUGUUAAAGACGCUGCGACAGAGGCUGCUAAACCUGCUGCUCCAGGGGAGACUGGAGAGAUGCAGGUGGUCCCAGUGAUGCUGCAUCUCCUGACUUCCAUCAGCUCAGUUCGUCUUUACAUCCCCAAAGACCUCAGGCCCUUUGACAACAGACAGCUCAUGCUCAAGUCCAUACAGGAGGUGCAGAAGCGUUUCCCAGAUGGCGUCCCUCUGCUCGACCCCAUAGAUGACAUGGGCAUUAAAGACCCUGCACUGAAGAAAGUCAUUCAGAAAGUGGAGGCUUUUGAGCACCGCAUGUACUCCCAUUCCCUGCACAGUGACCCCAACUUGGAAUCUGUAUAUUCUCUCUGUGAGAAGAAAGCUCUGAUUGCAGCAGAUGUUCGAACGGCGAAGCGAGAGCUGAAAAAAGCUCAGACCGUCCUGCAGAUGGACAAGCUGAAGUGCAGGAAAAGAGUUCUGCGACGCCUCGGCUUCGCCAGCCCCUCCGACGUGAUCGAGAUGAAAGGGCGAGUCGCCUGUGAAAUCAGCAGUGCUGAUGAGCUCCUACUCACAGAGAUGGUGUUCAAUGGUCUCUUCAACGAUCUGACGGUGGAACAAGCCACCGCCCUGCUGUCCUGCUUUGUCUUCCAGGAGAACGCCAGUGAGAUGCCGAAACUCACCGAACAACUAGCUGCGCCCCUGAGACAAAUGCAGGAGUGUGCGAAGCGAAUAGCAAAGGUGUCUGCAGACGCCAAGCUGGAGGUGGACGAGGAGACCUAUCUAAACCAGUUUAAGCCCCACCUGAUGGAUGUGGUCUACGCCUGGGCUAACGGCGCCACGUUCGCUCAGAUCUGCAAGAUGACGGACGUCUUUGAAGGGAGCAUCAUCCGCUGCAUGCGCCGUCUGGAGGAGGUGCUGAGGCAGAUGUGCUCUGCAGCCAAGGCCAUCGGCAACACUGAGCUGGAAAACAAGUUUGCUGAAGGUAUAACGAAGAUCAAGAGAGACAUUGUUUUUGCUGCCAGUCUCUACCUAUAGUGACCUUACAGCUUUUCAACACGCUGGCCGCUGGACGUCAGAUGCUAUUUUGGACCGUUUGUUCUGAUUAACCCACGAUGGAUCUCUUGGCCCUCCGUUUUCUUCAGGAGUCAAAUAUUGUGUCACUUCUUCCCAAAAUGUUUGUUAAAUUAGGAAAAUUCAUUUGUCUUUCAGAUUCUUCUCUCAUCAUUUUUCUAUCAACUUACCUGAACUUUGUGAUGUCCUGUUGACUUGUUAUCCACAGUGAGAUCGGGUAGCAUUUUAUAAUGAGUGGGCGUACAUUUGUGUGAGGAUGUAAACAGAAGUGUUCUUCAUUUAGGUGAAUGCAUCUAUAUGGCCAGAAUACAUUGAACAGUCACGCUUUUAUUGUUUUUUGCUUAUAUGGGCAAAGUGGUGAACAAUGACAAACUAAUUUGAUAUAUCUGGCUGAGAAAGUAAACAAGUCAUGCUUUAAUUUCAUGUGAUGGCUCAUGACAUAAUACAUCCAACACUUAUGUUUCAUUGGUAUCCAUGUUAAUAAGUAAAAUGUCUUUAUUUUUACUUUUAUUUCAGACAUCUGUACAUAUUUUUUUCAAUAAAAGUCUGUAUGGUGA